CAAAAAAUAAGAAUAUAGCACGCAAAUCACGCUAAUCUAUAUAUAGAAUGUUUACAUAUAUAUUCCUCCAUAUAUUGUCUGCCUGCCCUGCCCAGUACACUCCACUCAUAUAAAAGUUGGAAUCAAGUUGAAGAAGCUUCAUACUGAGGGCUCACCCAAACGCGUGAAAUUGCUGACAGAUUUCGAUUUACCCAAUUAAACCCUGACAUGUAAUUCUUCUUCUUUUGUGAUCUUUUGGUACAGAACUUUCCUGUUCACUCUUACCGUGUUGUGUUGGGAUCUCCAUUUUAUCUUUAUUCUCCCUGUAAUCCAUCAGUCUUCAGAUCCCAUUAAAUCCCACUCCCACUCUGCUCUUCUUUGUUUGAAUUCUCUUUGUUUUCUUCAGAUGGGAUCAUGCGAUUAUCAGAUUUACUUUUAAUUGCAGAUUUGAAAUUUGAAAUCCCAUUUUGUUCAAACAAAAAUUCCGGGUUUUGCAGAGGUUGUGUUUUAAUGGGGAAGGCGGCCAGAGACUGGACGCAGAUCUAUGGGAUUUACGGCGUCGGCGAUUGGCAAACGCCGCUGUUUCUCUUCAUCCACGCCGUCUUCUUCUCCGCUCUCUCUGUGUUCUUCCUCGUAUACUUCGAACCCAUUUGCAGCUUUUUCCAGCAUUUCGUUCCCGGCCCCGGGCCCGCCGGAUUCGCCGCUGGUUUCACCGGAUCCGUCACCGCCCUCUCCGCGGUCUGCCUCUUCUUCGCCGCCGGGAACAUUUUCUACUCCUCUGUCCCGCUCCACUGGGAGAUGGCGCAGCGCAUGGUCAACGCCGUCGGGGACUGGUCGUCCGUCAAGAAUGCCCUGGACCUCGGCUGCGACAGGGGGAUCCUGCUGAACGCCGUCGCUCUCCAGCUCAAGAAAACCGGGUCCUCCGGCCGGGUCGUCGGGUUACACCCGGAUCAAAACCGGUCCCUCUCCAUCCUCCGGACGGCCGGAAUGGAGGGGGUGCAGGAGUACGUCACGUGCCGGGCGGGGAACCCGAGGACGCUCCCGUUCGGCGACAACUACUUCGACGUGGUGGCGUCGGCGGCGUUCGUGCACAAGGUGGGAAAGGAGUUCGGGCAGCGGACCGCGGCGGCGGAGGCGGAGCGGAUGCGGGUGGUGGAGGAGAUGGUGAGGGUGCUGAAGCCCGGCGGCGUAGGGGUGAUGUGGGACCUGGUGCACGUGCCGGAGUACGUGAAGAGGCUCCAAGUUCUGAAAAUGGAGGACAUCCGGAUCUCGGAGCGGGUCACGGCGUACAUGGUCAGUAGCCAUAUUGUAUCUUUCCGGAAGCCGAGUCAGCAUCUUGUGGGGCCCCACGAGGUCCGACUGGAUUGGAGAUUUCAAUAAUAUCUGUUGAAGCUUCGGAGAUAUGCAGAUUCUCAACUCCCUGAAGCUGAAAAAUAAACAUUGGGUGAGAAAUUGAAGGAUUUGGCGUAAUUUGCUUUUGUCCUCCAUCGUUUUAUUAUUAUUAUUUUUAUUAUAUUGCAUAUAUAGAUUGUAAUUACUGUAAUCCAUUAUAAAUAUCUGGGGAUACGAAGUGGAACCAGAGGCAUUGUAAAUUCCAAAAAUAAGUUUUACACGCUCCUCCAAAACCAAAAUUUCCGUACGCCUAAUUGAAAGCGAUUUGGCACUGAGAUAUACGGAACAUGGUGGUUUUAAUGCUCUUUAUUAUCUAAUGAGGAUUAAAUAAAGUAAGAGCAAAGUUGGAGUUACAAAUCAAGUAGCUCGUUUAUCUUGUUUUUCUGUUUAUUGGGGUGUUUGAAUCUCAUUUUUUAAAUGCUUCUGUUCCUUCGGAUAGCACAGAAAUUGGAGUGCUCAAAUGAAAGUGUAUAAAUACUUUUGAAUGUUCUAAUUUAUUUCUAGAAUUAGUUUUUUCAAAAUUGGGGGACAUCAAUUUUUAUAAAAAGAUUCAGCUUCUACUUGUGAUUAAAAAA